AUUGAUCGCUCGAAGAGCACUCCGUUGUGUCGCCAUCUUGUACUUUCAGUGGAAGUUAAAAAUAUCAAUAAGUGUCGUUUUUUUAUCCAAAGUCAUCCGUCCUUACAUUAAUUUAUCAAGUUUAAUUCUUAGUUUUUCAAGUUUACCCAUUCGAACGGACCAAGAAUAGAGGUUCGUUCUAAGGGUACUGUCCAAUCUAAAUGGUGCCCUGCAGACAGCAUGUCUACACUGUCGGGAAUCUCGGCCAAGGGGGAGAAAGGAGGCAAGAAAUUUCAAACAUUAAAUAUAAAUAGAUUGCAUCUUCCAGCAAAAGGUGAUAACAUCGAACAGUCGCAGACAAAGAACGUACUCAACCAUCGAAAUGGCAUGCAAGUAUUGGGCCGCCUGCCUCAAAAGCGCCGACCUGUGAAUUUACCAAGCGAGAAAUCCGAUCCAACAGCCAGCAAUAAUUCUCUCAAUCUAAUCAAUCGAAGUGGGUCAGGAUGGGUCUCUGGGAAAACAGGCGAGAACUUGCCGAGCUCUCAAGUGCAGUUACAGCAACAGCAACUGCCACAACAACAACUGCAACAAUCUGUUACUACAUCAACAACAAACGUACCUUCUACCGUUACUCAAACUGCCACAGCUCCUCCCACUUUGACUUCGACACAGCCACGCCAGGUUGGUGUCCUUGGAGAAAAGAAAUGGAGUCCAAUCGGGGGGAAAGAACCAAAUUAUCUCACUCAAAACCCAAAUUUUCAGCAGGAAUUCCCAAAGUUAACAACAGGUGGCGACACAUCUGCCCUCUCCACCAAAGCGAACUCUGCAGCGGAGACACAAUACGGUACAAGACCAGUUUUACGCCCUCAAACGGAGGGGAGCUGGAGCCAAGGUGGUGCUGGGGGCAGACUAACGGGAGCGGGUGGCAGCCAGAAUACCCAUGCUCCUGCCCAGGGCCCCCACCAAUCACUCUCCGAUAUGCAUGGCAUGAGGAACAGCUCGGGCCCUACUGGGGGAACAGGGGCCCAGGUAGGCCAAGCUUCAAGCGUUGCUCCAACAUUGGCCGGGCCAGAACCCUUCAAGGCCAUGUACCCAUCGUUUUGUUUUAAAAAUGAUAAGAACAGCAACUUUUCGGCGCCAUUCCCUACAUCUUAUCCCUCUUUGCACUAUCCCACCCGCGAUUCUCAUCGAUCAACUGAAGAGCGGUCGAACUCUGCCAGAGAACCUACCCGUGACAGGGAUGAGCCAGUCAUUGCUCCAAGGCCAGUCAUCAGAGAAGAGGACUUACAUCGCAUGGAUGACAUCGGCCGCGAUGCCAGUUGGGUGACUCAAGAUGAACUUGAUUACGAGCAAAAAUUGGCUUUUAGCGAUGAAGAAGAGGAACCAAAGUUGAUCACUAAAAGUUCUAGUUUAUCGAAUUCGCAGUCUAAUUUACAGUCCGACUCUCAUAACCGUAAUGCCUGGCAAAACCGUUCUUCGACUGAAUUCAGCAGAAUUUCUUUGCAGCCAAAACCUCAGUCUCAGGUUGGGCGCGAAAAUAAUGAAGAUGAUAGUUAUCGCCGCAGACAACAUAAUGAAAUAGACAGCAUUGUUGAAAGAGCUAAUAAACGUAAGGAAGAAGAGGAACGCGCAUAUGAAGAGAGGAGGCGCUCUAAACUUUCAGAUAAAUCUAGCCUCAGUUCCAAUGAGGGAAAGGAGAAUGUCCCCAACGAUGUUAACAGCAUGUCCAGCUCACGCCAGGUUAUCGACCACAAAGAUGACGCAGUUGCUACCUCCGGAAAGAUGUCGACUAAUCAAACUGUAACGGUUGGAAAUCAACCAGUCGUCAAGGAUGGCAAUGAUUUUAGGCAACUGACUCAGCUGGGUGACAAGGCCAGUUUCAUCCAUAAGGAUCGUGAUCUUCGCAAUGAUCGUGGGCCUGAUGGUCAAUCUCAUGCUCGCAACUUCACAAGGAAUAAUGAGCUCCCUCCACGCUUCCAACAGAAACAAGGCAGCAGCGUUUCUCAAAAACCAAGCAGCAAUUCGUACUAUCAAAGAUCCGAGCAGCGCUGGCAACCUCCUCAACAUAAUUUCCAAAACAAACCAGGUAGCAUCAACAUGAGCCUGAACCGUAGGCAUAGAAAUGACAGUGAUCUAUCAGACCGUUCGCGUGAUGAUGACCGCCGAGAUCUGAAAGAUCGUGAGAGCAGAUUUCGCAACGGUCCUUCGCGGGAUGGCAGGUUUGUGGAUGAUUUCAGAGGAGGCUUUAGUCGUGACAUCGGUCGCGACAUUCGCGAUAGUCGUGAUUUGCGCGACAGAGACAGAGAUCCACGUGACAACCGUGAUCUGAGAGAUUUGCGGGACAGAGAUCUCCGUGACAUUCGCGAUAGGGACUUGCGGGAGAGUCGAGACAGCCGUGAGAGCCGCGAUAGCCGUGACGGUCGCGACCAUGACUACGACUACGAUCAUAAAAUGAAUCGUGAUGUUGAUUAUGACUCCUAUGACCGUCCCCUAGAGCGUGAUCGUGAUGUUUCCAGAGAAUUUGACUCUCUUAAUAAGUACGCUGAUGACCGCAAAGAGUACCCCAGGCAAUACGAUCGGUAUGACGACAGAGAAAACAGUCGGAGCAGUAACUGUGAUUGGAGAGAAAGGAGCCAUAGCCCUGAUCGUGACGAAAAGUGGAACGAAAGGGGCGAGAGAGAUCGUGAUCGAGAGCGUGAGAAUGAGCGAGAAAGAGAAAGAGAGCGAGAACGUGAAAGAGAGCGGGAACGUGAAAGAGAGCGUGAACGCUACCGUGAGAGAGAGCGGGAACGAGAAAAGGAAAAAGAAAGAGACAUUGAUGAUAAAAGAGAAGAAUGUCCGCCUCCUUCUAGACCCGACUCAAGGGACAGUCGAAUGUCUCGCGACUCGAGGGGCUCCCACGAUGAAAAAUUGAGCUUUGAACCUGUUCUGAACCGUGAUCGUGACUAUUCAGAGAUGGGUUUUGAUCAAGAAGAUCAUCAAAGGGAACGUAAGGUGUCAUACCCGAUGAGAGAUCGAGAGUUUCAGCGGGAAGAAAAACAUUACGGCCAAUCAUGGCACUUGCCAGGCCCAAUCACCAAGGAUCGACUUGCCUCCUCAGAAAUGAAAGCUGACACAAAGCGAAAUUUAACGCAACUUGGAGGCCGAUCUGACAAAAAGAUGCCAUUGAGCAUGCAGAUUUGAAGAAUGAAAAAACAGGCUUUGAAUCUAAAAUGGUGAAAGAUGAGCUUUUGCAAGAGAAGACGGAUGAGAAGAAACAUAAAGAAUCAGAAAACGAAGAAAGGCAUGAUGGUAGGCUUGAUAAUGAGCAUGAAAAGCACGAUAGAGCUAAUGACAGACAUGAUGAGAAACAAGAUGAUAGGAGAAAUAGAGAUGGGUCUCGACAAGCUUGGGGUGGCAGUGGUUACUCGGCUUACCGCGGCAGUUGGGGUAGCGGAAUGCGAGGUGAACGAUCGCUUCCGAGAGGUAGUAGAGGUGGCCAGUCAGGCCGACACCAAGUGUCCAGAACCCGCAACAACCAAGACUGGGGCCGCUACGACUCUGGUGUAUCGAAUGAAGAUAUUUCUGCCUCAUCUGAGUCAAUCAAAGAAGAUCGACGAAGUGAAAAGAGGCCUACAAAAUCUGCUCCCAGAAAAAGUGAAAAAGAAGAAAGGAAUCGUGAUACUCGUCGAUCAGAUGAAAAAGGAAAUUAUCCUCCAUCAGAAGUUCGUCGGCAUGAUAACCGCGAUAGGAUGGGUUUUCGAAAUGAUAACUUCCUUGGACGUGACAUGCCAAGGAGAGGUCGUGGAGGAAGUUUCCGCCAGUCGAGUGGUACCGGCAGUCGAAGAAUAGACAGUUACGGUCCCGUGCAAGGAAAAAGCUCCUUUGGAAGCCAACAGUCUCAAUCAAAUGAGGAAACUGAUAGAAAGUCGCAUGGUGACGAGAAAGAAGCUCUUAAAGAUUCACCAAAGAAUCAAGAAGUUGCAAAUGCAAAUGAUGACAAAUCUAAACAAAAACAAGUACUGUCAGCUUCUAAUUCAGGUGAUAAAGCUGCUUCAAGAUGGCGAGACGAAGAGCAGAAAAGAAGUCAGAAUGAGCGCAGACGAAAGAGGUCUAAAACUAACAGCAGCAAAAACAAACCGUCUGGGCCUUCGCAGUCCAGCAAUGAUGUUGGGAGUGAAGAGGUAUGGGAAUCAGCUAGUGAGACUAGCGAUCCAGAGGCCAGAGAAAAGAAUAGGGAAAAUCAGAACAAGAGGAACUCUGAAUAUAGGUCUUCGCAAAAAGAAGGGAGACAGCAGUACUCAGGUUUUUCCAGGAAUGAAAAGAGAGGUGGUGAACGUGACGGAGAUCGUGAGCAGCGUGAACCUCGCGAUCAGGGAGAACCUCGCGAGCAACGAGGACCUCGCGAGCAACGAGGACCUCGUGAGCAGCGUCCACCUCGUGAGCAGCGAGAACCUCGUGAGCAACGAGAACCUCGUGAGCAGCGAGAACCUCGUGAACAGGGAGAACCCCGUGAGCAACGAGGACCUCGCGAGCAGAGAGAACCUCGUGAUCGGCGGGAGCCUCGAGGUGAUCGCACUGGAGGUAGCAACUAUGAUAAUCGCAACUCCAGAGCAGGCGGUCGAGGAGGGCCACCUGCCAACAAACAGGCAACAGAUUCUGGCAAAGAGAAGGGUGACGAAUCUAAAAUGGACGAUUCUAAAAAGCCUGGUGGAGCCUCCAACCAUUCAUCUGCUCCGAAAGAUAAAGGUGGAAAACCAUCACGGUGGCAGGAUGAAGAAAAGAGGCCUCGAGGUGAAAGAGGAGGAGAACGAGGAGAAAGAGGCGGAGAACGAGGAGAAAGAGGUGGAGAACGAGGAGAAAGAGGUGGAGAACGAGGGGAAAGAGGGGAGCGAGGAGAAGGUGCUGGAAGGAAGCAGCGUCUCAAAGCAAAUGCACCCAAGGGUGAAAGGAAUGACAGGAGUGAUCGAAAUGAUAGGAAUGAUAAAGGCGACAGGCAUGACAAACGUGUCGGUGGUGGCUCCGGUGGUUUUGGAGACCGGUCCUCGAGAGAGAAUGGCAGAUCGGGUGCACCUCGCAACAAGCAAGGAGAUGGAGGAAAAGAUAAACAUGACGAUAACAAGUCGGAUGAAUCUAAGAAGUCUGGCCUUGGGUCGAACCAAUCAUCAGUAUUAAAAGAAAAAAAAACAGUCCCGCAGGGUCCACCUGCAGUCAAUGCAUGGGACAAGCCCAUCACAGCUUCCCUUCGUGCAUCUCCUCCUACAAACCCAGCUGUUGUUUCCGCUCAGCAGAAACUGAUCGCACCGCUUGAAGCCAGCGCUAAUGAUGCUGGCCUGCAUGAGCAUUCGCAACACAAUCAGUCAAGUAGUAGUCCUAGAAGUAGCCCAGGUGGUGAAAAGGUGCUUAACAAGGUGGUUGAGAACUCUGAUCUCGAUGGUGCCUCUCCACCAGUCCAAACCGUCAUUUUCGAAAAUACGAAUUAUAAGUCUGCUCCAACAGACAUUGCUAUGAAAGCGAAGUACAAUAACCACCUUAAAAAUCAGAAAAUUGAAGCUAAAGGAAGAGAGCGUAAAGUUGGCGAUGAAAGUAUGGGAGACUCGAUUGGUCUUAGUUUUAAAUCAGGUUCUGAACUUGGUAAACCAACAGAAUCCAUUCAAAUGCCCAUAUACCAGGCAAAGGAAGAUAACUCUGACAUGAGAUUAGAUUUUAAUUUCGAGUCAGACUUGGGUCAAAGCAUCCUCACAGACAAAUCCAAGAGCAUGAGUCUUCCUCCUUCGAUGCACAUGGUCCAAUCAUCCACUGCCGAACUUAAUCUGAAAAUUGCAUCCGUCAAGAAGGUGUGGGAGGAUUCUGCCGGAACGGUGAUGGAGCAUCAUGGUGGUGAAGAUGGCUCAUUCACCCCAACUUACAAUACAAACAGCGAAGAUAAUUCCUCUGUUGCUAGUCAUGUCACCAAUGAUCAUGAUCAUGUAGAAGUUGUGUACAGUCCUGCCACAGGAUAUUCUCCCGCUCAACAGCAAAACCUCAAUGCUGCCAACAGCAAUGUCUGCAAACUCAUUGCUCCGCAGGUGAAGCCGCAGCCAGCCCCUGGAGGCCCCCUCUCCCCACCUCCUCACAAUCAGUCUGCUGCAGCUCACAUUAAUUAUCAGUAUGGAAGCAUGUCCACCAUUCCUUCUCCGCCUGCUGCUAUGUUAACUUUCAAUUCCUCACAAACAUUGCCGGCUCAGAGCGGUCACUAUCCGCCUUUCCUAGAAAGUACGCAGUUACAAAGCAGCCAAGCCAGAUCUCUGUAUGGUCAGUUUGCAUCCUACCCUGCUCUCGGGCAAGGCCUCGGCCAAAUAAAUCAGCAGUCAAUGUACCUGCCAACUGCCCCUCAAUUGCAGCCUACUACGCCUGAACUCUUCCAAUCGUCACUAUCUCAAUACAGACUUCAGGCUUCGCAGUACAAUCAAUCUCCUCAGUUGAGCUCUAAUCCAAGCACGGUUAUCAUAUCAAGCACAUCUAAUUCACAAAUGUCUGCUGGUGUGAAACCAUCAUCGCAACAGAUUGGUGCAAUCGGAACAAAGGCUGGCUAUCAGACGUCAGCGCCACAACCGUCACAAAUUUAUGUUCCCUAUGAACCCACUUUGAACCAAAGUUUCUUGCAAAAUCCGUCACUGGUUCAAAGACCUGCUAGUAACGUUGCAGCCAUGCUGCCGUCCUCAAGUUACUACUCUGGAUCGACUGGUCAAACCAGCUUCUACCAAACAGGUAGCACUCCGAUCCAAGCUCCGCCAACGGCUCCGUUGCAUCAGACUGCUACCCCGUAUAACAUUACGGGCUACAGCACGCAGACGCCAUCGGCGAAUCAAGCUCUUGGUGCGAUUCAGAACUAUACUUCGCAGAUGUUUCAACAGUACUCCGUAUCAAGAGGACCUGUUCAAAACUCGCUGAAAUCGCCUCCAAAUAUGGCAGAUCCUGGGAAGCAAUCAUCUGUCACGCAACAGGAUUUGAUGAACUCAGUAUUCUCGCCUGUGCAACAGAUGUCCCCCAAGUUCCCGCGCAACCCAUCAGGAAAAGUUACUAACACUCAACAAACGUUGCAACAGCAACAACAACAGCAGCAAACCCAGUCUCAGCCUUCUAUGCAAAAGUAUGCAUAUCAAAGCGUGACUCAAGCAAAUCAACUGCAAAUGAUUCAACAACAGCAACAAGCUGCUGUUGUGAAUCAGCGAAAUAGCUCUCAGAUGAGUGGUAGCUUGCGGAAUAUGAGUGGAAACUCAACCCCGCAGCAAUACCCUACUCCUAUUGCGCGUCCUGUUCCAUACCAACAGUCACGCUCUUCUCCGCGCCCUCCUCCCGUAUCCAUGAUGAAUAAAAUUCAGUCUUCUUCAGCUCAGUAUUACACAGUUCACUCAUCUCAAGGAGGUAGUGGAGUAAAAAUGGAAAAUUCUGGCUUGGAGAAUAAAUCAGAUGGAUCAUCGAAUGAGAUGAAAAUGACGGAAAGCUCGCAGCAAGCAGCUUCCGAUGGGCCAAAAGAAGAAAGUGUUGUAGCUGCCAAUGAGUAGUGGAAUCAGUUUUAAUUAUGAUGCUGAUCUUCCUGCUUGCUUCAAGUAUUAUUGUCUCUUGAGUUUUCUGGAGUAAUCCAAACGUGGCUAUUUUUACUCCCGAUUAAAUUUCAAUGAGAGUUACUUUGAAAGUGAAUUUAUAGCUGCAGAACAUUUUAUUAAAAUUGUCUAUGGAUGAAUUUUAAUCAUUAUUUAAAUUAGAUUUGGGAGUGCAUAGUUAGUUUGAAAUAUGUUACACACAAAAUUCAAACUUAUUUAUUAGGCAAAAAUUAUUGAAUAUUCUUAUUGUUUCAAGUAUGUUUUUAAUGGGCUUGUUCUAAUAGAAGCACCCGUUGAAUGAUUUUUCGUAUCCUCACUGAAAGAAGUGACGAACGACUUCAGAACACAACCUACUAUUUACUGGUCCUAAUAGUUGGCAUCAACCAUCAAAAUUGGGAAGAAAAAGAGGUUGAUAAACUUGAUUAUGUUCCGAUCUGAAACUUUAAACCUGUAAAUCGAUAUAUAUAGUGGUUAUGAACAUUGAAACAGUUAGUUUGUAUAAAAAAUUUGUAACGCUGCUGUUUUUUCUAAUUUUUUAAUUCAUCUUUUCUAAAUGUAUUAUUUCUAUUAUUUAUUAUUUUAUUUAUUUUUUUGUUAUUUUUCCGCUCUUUGUUUUUAUCCCUUCGCAAAGUUCGAAAUCAAUUAUUUAUCUCUCAGUGUCUAUCAAGUCGUAGUUUUCUCGCAUUUACUUUGUUAUCGAUUUAUUACUAAUACAACAUAAUGAAGCACUUGAUUUUAAUGAGACUGAUCCUGCUUCCUUUUUUUCACCGAAAUGAAAUCUAUCCAAUAUUUUGUUCCAUUUAUUAUUUCAUUUUUCUCUCCUCUUAUCUCCCUUUUCCAGUUGUCUCCACUUUUAUAUCUAUGAAAUUUUUAUUAAUUUUGGACCACAACCUAGUAAGAAAAAUAAAAGGGGGAUAAAUACUAAGUUGUAACAUUUGUUGAAUCCUUUUUUAAAUUAAAUAUAAUUUUUAGGAAGUCUACUUGAAUGUUGUGUGUGAUAAAAUUGUAGGUAUAUUUAUUUAUUUCUUUUAUUUAUUCAGAAUUUUUUCUCCUUCAAUGUUUACUUGUAGGUAUCUGUGCAAAUCUUUUUAUCUUGAAGAGAAACUUGACAAUUUUUAGGAAUAAAUAUAAAUAUACACACUA